AUGUCUUUCAAAAAUGGACAGGUGGAAAACAUUAAGUUCCCCUGGUUUAAGGAACGGCUAAAAACAAAAUAUCUCAGGGAUCUAAGGCAAAAGCAACAGUUAUCUGGGUCAUUAGAUAGUCGCAAAUGGCGCUUUUUGUCCCCGGGCCUGGAUGAUUUUAGAGAUGGUUACCCAACAGUCCAUAAAGAGCUCUUCACCCAGUGUAAGAGUGGACCCUCCCCUGCAGUCUUUGGGAUGUCAAAUCACGCUUGUUCAGUGAAGUUCCCACAGAAGAGACUGAGUAAAAAUCAAGUGUGUUACUCAAAGCAGAAUCCCCAGAGUCAAGCUCAGCGCGAGUUCAUUGACGCUGUUGAGUACAAACUCAAACAACACCCCCUGGCUCUCUAUCCUCAUCUGGAGAGCGGUAUGACACCAGAGCUAUUUGAUCAGGUGUUGUCAGUCCUGGAUCCUGAUAUGUGCAUGAAGGCAGAAUUGUCCAUACCCUCUCCAACGGAGCAUCUAGAAGAAAGCAGUGCGCAAUGUGAAAUCUCAACUCCGGAGACUAUAAAACCAUCCAUCACCAUCAAACCACAAAAGGAGAAAUGUAAAGAGGCCAGACCAAGAAAUCCUUAUAAAUGGCAGAAACUCAAAGAAACUUUGGGUGUUGAAGAUCAGACGGCGAGUGUUAAACACCUGCACCCCGUAUCGCAAGAAGAUGACAAGCAGAUGAUUACCAAACUCUUCUGUGAAUGGAUUACCUCACUGGGUGGAGAGACCAGUGAUCUGACAGAGUCAACCAUCUUGGAUCUGUUUAAGAGUGACUAUGAAAAGAAACCCUCCUUGACCUUGCCUAUUAACAAGACUCAUCCUAAUCAAACUCCAGCAAAACUCUCCAGCUCUGUAGAGGGACAUCAUAAAGACGUUAAAGGGUUAAAUCAGGCCAAUAAACCCAAUAGACCCCAGGCUGCCAAUGAUCCUCUAAGAGCCCCAGCAGAUAUCACAGGAAGCCUGGACUUUGAGGAACAGCUGAGUGAGAAGGACGAAGAGCUGAAGCAGAUUCACGGCAUUCAGGCAUUCAGAGAGUUCAUUAUCAACAAGGGAGUGAGAAUGCCAAGGUUUCUCAGCACUAUCUUCUCUGAGGAUGAACAGAAGAACAGGAUCAGAGGCUCAAACACCGCAGGCUCCACUUCAUCAUUGUCUAAAGGGAGAGCUGUCCAUUAAACUCUUUAAAUAAUAUUCCCUUAUGUUGUUUUAUUGAACAUCACUUCACACAUUCAUGGAUCAGCUGCUCAGUGCAGUUCCCCAGACUACAGCUUUUUGAGAUUAAAGUAACAUUUUACC